AUGCAAGAUGGGGACGUUCACAGGCACCUCUACCUCCAGGGCGUCCUCACCAGCCUCGCGGAGGUGGCAGAGAGACCCAAGGUGUCAGAAUUCAGUUGCCACAUCUCUGGGUGCUGCCAGGUCUUUGAUACACUGGAGGGCUAUGAGCACCACUACAACACACUGCACAGGAAUGUCUGCUCCUUCUGCAAGCGCUCCUUUCCAUCAGGGCCUCUCUUGGAUAUUCACAUCUUAGAGUGGCACGACUCCCUCUUCCAGAUAAUGGCCGAGAAGCAAAACAUGUACAAGUGUUUGGUAGAAGGCUGUGCGGAGAAGUUCAAGAGCAGCAGGGACAGAAAGGAUCACUUGGUCACUGUUCACCUUUAUCCUGCUGACUUCCGGUUUGAUAGACCGAAGAAAGUGAAAAGUGGCCCCAAGCACGCAAGCUCUCCCACGAAGCAGGGUGCCAGUGUGCCGAUGGAUGUGAGCACAGAGAUGUCGGAGCAAUUCCAGGUAGACUCCAUGGAAAUAGGGCCCAGCGAGAACAUGGAGAUCCCUCUGCCUGCAGCCAGCCCCGGCCCCUCGGGGCCAGAGAAACAACUCAAUAAAUCCAGGAUCCCACCCACAAUUUGCUUUGGACAAGGUGCCACUCGAGGAUUUAAAGGACCAAGGAAGAAAGUCUGA